AUGGCUUAUAAAAGUAAAGCAUGUGUAGCUAACUGCCUGGCAUGUAGCUGUGGAAAAUGUUAUCAUAAUACAGAUAGAAAAAUGUUACGUGAUACCAAACUUGAGCAAAAUAUUGAAACAUAUGGAUCUAGUGUUACAUUAGAUGAGACUCUUACUAGAAAUUAUACAUUUACUCGUAGUACAUUAGCUUUACCAAAUGAAAAUAUAAAAUCAACAAAUUCAUUAAAUAGAUAUAUAGGAAAAAAGUCUAAAAAAACACCAGAUCCUAGUGUAAUAAAAGCUAAUAGACAAAGUCAAAGACAAUUAAAUAAGGAUUUUGAUGAAUGGGUUAAGAAAAAAAGUAUUUCUUAUGAUCAAUUAUCUCAGGCAUCAUUUGCCUCUUUAACUACUAUUUCUGAUAGAGGACAGACACCUGAUAAUAUUGCAGAUUCUGAGUGUUCAUCUAUCACAACUAGCAUUGACUCAUCUUCCUCUAAAAAUAUAGAAUUAAAAUCUAUUUUAAAAAAUGGUUCAUCAAAUGAUUAUCAAAAUACAUUAUCAUCCUCUAAAACAUCUAAACAUUUAUUUAGUAAAAAAACCAAAAAAUCAUCGAAAACUAUACUUAAACCUGUAUCAGAAGUUGGGGAAGAAGGUAUUGAAAGUAGUUGCCAGGAAGGCAAUACAAUAGAUUAUAAAAAGAAAAAAAAAACUUGGGAAAAAAUGAAACGUGGUAUACGUAAUAUAUUUUCAAAUGACAAGGACAGUGGUAAACGAGAUAAUGACAAUUUUGAAGGCUAUUCUCCAGGUGAAACAAGUGUGCGUAAAUCAUCUAGUGGAUUAUUUAAGAAGAUGUUCCGUAGUGAAAGUAACAAAAAUGUUCCAAUAAAAACUUUAACAUCUUCAACUGGAAGAUCAUCAUAUGAUCACACUGGUUAUAAUCAAAGGAUUCUUAAAAUUGACUCAGAUGACGACUAUGCCGAAAUUAUUGGCUAUAGGGCUAAAUCGAACGAAAAAGAUGUGUACACAAAUUAUGGUAUAAAUGAUCACAAAAAACGUGAAAUGAGUUUACCUGUCUCACCUAAAACAGUCAAAUUUCAAGAUGAAAUUGAUUUUGAAAUGUUGACAGAUUCAAGUACAUCACACUAUCGUGAUUUUGCAACAAUUGAAAAUAUAAGACAAAAUAAACAAAAUAACCAACUACAAACAAAUAUUGCAUUAAAUAGUAACAGACAACAACAACAAAGAAUAUAUAAAGAUGAUCCAAAUGCCAUUCUUCAACAUUAUAAUGAUCAAGUAACUAAUUAUUCUAACAUUAAAAAAAUUCAAAACAUAAAUAAAAUUGGACAGCAAAAUAUGACAGAACAAGGAAGAAUUUUAUCACCAAAUAGAACAAAUUAUUAUAAUGAAAUAUCAUUAAAUAAUAAAACUAAUGGUUCUGAAGAUACUGGUGAUACAUCAACAUUAGAUCAAGCAACAAUGGAUUUAUUAAAAUUAUCCUCAGAAGUUCCAUCUAAUAUGACAUUUAGUAGUAAUCCAAGACUUUCACCAAAUUCAGAUAAACUUAAAAAAUGUGCUUCUACAAAUUCAAUACAUAAAGUUAUUCGAACAGAUAAUGGUGGUGUAAUGAAAUUAUCUAAUGUAUUUACCUGGGAUAGUGAAAAUCUUCGUUUACCUAGUGAAUCACCAUUUCCAUCAACAGUUGGUGAACAAUCAGAAAUAUCAUUAGACAAAACUCUUCAUUCAGAUGAUGAAAGUUUAGCUGUAUUAAAUAGUCGUACUGGAUCAGCUAAUGGUAAACCAAUUAAUUUAUCAGCACGUUAUAUUAAAGAUACUAUUGAAAUAGAAGAAGUUGAUAGUGAACCAUUAGAUAUUAAAAAAGAUGAUUAUGUUGAAGUAGAAGCUGAGAAACAUCAUGAUAAUUCACAAAGAGUUCGUACAACAGUUGAAGGAAAAAUGAAUAUGCAAAAAAUUGUUGGAUCACGUUUAUCAGAAAUUCAGGCAUCAUUUCCAAGUCGUUAUACAAUAAGAGAAACAAUAAAAAAUUAUACUAUAACAACAACAUUAGGAAAAAGAAAAAUGAUUAUGAAAGAGAAAAAAGAUUUAGUAAUGAAAGAUGAUCAAUUUACUCAAAAUGCCAAUAAAAAAUAUGAUGUUGAAAUAUUAGAAGAUGGUAGACAAGUUAGUAGAUAUGAAGCUAACAUAAAAGUUCCUAGAAAUAUGAAUGCUCAAGAAUAUUUAUCAAAAUUAUCUGAAAACUUACUUACUGAAAUGGCUAUAUUAGAUGCACCAGGAAUUAAAACUAAAGUUGAAGUUGAAAUAAUUGAAGAUAUUACUGAUAUUGAUAAGACAUAUUUAAUUGGUAUUCCAGUAAUUGAAAUUGAAGAAGAAAAGAAAAGUGAUAUUGAAGAUAAACAAAUAGAAGAGAUAAAUAAACCAACACUUCAUGUAACUGAAUAUAAUGAUUUAGAUGAUGCCAAAUAUCAAUUUAAAAAAGAAGGUAAUAUAUUUGAAGAAUGUAAAGUAUUUCAAAAUGAGGAAACAAUUAUACCUAGUGAUGAAUCAGAAUCUACUGCUCCAAUACCUAUUGAUAUAUCUACAAAAGCAAAUAUUGAUUGUGAUUUAGUUAGAACAGAAGAUCGAUCUAAAAAUGAAGUACUUUUUGUUCAAAACAAUAAAGAAAUUGUUUCAUUUGUUGUUAAAAAACCAAAAGAAACAUUCUCACAACAAAAAUUAGUUGUUGAAUCAAAAGAACACAUAUCUGAAAGUAAAAUUGAACAAUUACAAAAAACUGAAAUUAUUGAAGAAGAAAUUGUUGAAGAGGAAGAAAUAAUUGAAGAAGAGAUUGUUUUAAUUAGUGAAAAAGAAUUUAUAUCUAUUGAAAAUAUUGACAAAUCAUUAGCAACAAUAGAAACAAUGACUGAACAAGAUAUAGGUAUUGAUGAAAGUUCACAAACUGUUGUACAAGAAAUAAAACAUGAAUUAAUUGAAACACAUCAAGAAAUAAAUAAUCUUGAUUUUAAUCAAAGUGUUAUAAGUAAUAAUGCUGAAAGUGAAGGUUUUGUUGAAAUAUUAAUUAAAAAUGCUGUUAUAUGGAAUGAAACAUUUAAAACAAGAGAAUUAUCUGAAACAUCAUCAAUGAUAAUUUGUUCUAUUUCUAAUGAUACUAAACGUUUUCAUGAAGUUGAAUCAUACUUUCGUUCUUCAAAUGAUUCAAGUGCUGUUCUUAAUGUUUACUUUUCUGAAACAGAAAAUGUUACUCUUACUGUUGUAUUUCAACAAGAAAAUGUUAAACAAGAAAUUGAUUAUAAAGCACCUACAUCAACUAUAUCAUCAGUAUCUUUUAAAAUAAAAGAAAUGCUUCAAGAAAAUGUAACUUCAAUGAUAUAUUUAAAUAAUGAUAGUAAAAAAAUGGGUGAUGAAAUAAUAUCAAUUACUAUUAAAGAUAUACCAAGAAGUAUUGGUCAUUUAUUACGUUGUCUUUCACAAAAUAUUUCUGAUGUUACAAUUUAUAUAUCAUUUGAUGGUAGAAGACUUGAAUUUACACCAUUAAAAAAUAAUGAAAUAUGUAUGACAAUGCCAGUCCCAAAUGUAAUUAAAGAAGAAGCUAUUGUUUCUCAAAGUCAUAUUGAAAUGCAUAGUAUGAAUAUUAAAAUGUCUAAAGAUGGUUAUAAUGAAAAAACAUCUGUUACAUUUGCUACACCUAAAGCUGAAUCUAUUUGUAAAGAAUUUCAAGAAUAUGGUAAUGAAAGUGAAUAUUGUUCUGUUAUGAUGUCAAAUCGUGGUCUUAAUAAAUUUGAUUCAGAAGUUAAUAUUGCACAAUCAAUUACAGGUGAGUAUCCAUAUAAAAAUUAUGAAAGAUUAGUAAAAGAUUUAUCAUUAAAUGAUAUUACAAAUAUAUGUAAUAAAUCAUUUAAUGAUAAUCUUUUUACAGUGAACAUCACUAAGAGCAUGCAUAUCUCUAAUUUUAAAACGCUCCUUCCCUUGCACGGCACUGCACAUAUAGUUUGGCCAUCAAUUUUUAGUUAUAAAUCUAAAUCAGAAUCUGAUUUAACUAAAAAUAGAUGUUCACUUGAUAUUUACAAUAUUAAAAAUAGUUUAUUAUGUAAAAGUCUCACAAAUACUUACCUUUCUUCACCCUAUAAAGAUAAUAAAAUAAGCACUUCCUCUCCUUCACCUUCUUCUUAUGGUAUAAGAAAAAGAGAACAUAGAAGUUAUAGUAAUGGUUUAAAUGGUAAUGAUAAAAGAAAAUCAUAUGAAAAAGAAUUAGAAAAUUAUAUGGAAAAUGAAAUUAUUUCUGGUAAAGCUUAUUAUACAUUUUAUGGUCAACGUCAAUCAUAUUUAACUGAUUCAGAAGAUGAUGAUAGUGAUAGUGAACCAGAAGGUGUACAAAGAAGUCAAUCUGCUAUUUAUUUAAGAAAUAACAUGUUUAAUAGUGAUUUAUAUAACAAUGAUAUUUUUAAUACCUCAAUAUUAAAGAAUAAUGCUGUCAGAUUAGGCUCAUCCCAUCAUCAAAUUAAUGUUAAAGAAGAUAAAAAUGAGAUAAAAAUACAUAGUAAUCAUUUAACUUAUCAUCUUCCAAAAUUUUCAACACCUCCGUUAGCCUCUUCAUCAUCUGAAGAGGAUGUAUAUAUAAAAGGUGACUCAGUACAGUCUUCUUUUAUAAAUAUUAAAAAAGAUAUUGUACAUGAUAAAUAUUCUGAAGGAUAUCAAAGUUAUAACGAUAUAACUUUAUCAUCCUCAAAGGAUAUUAUAUAUUGUCAACCAACAUCUAUUGCUAAUACUGAGGUACAAUUAAUUAAUCGUACAAAUUACUCUACACAAUCAACUACUAGUGAUAAGAAACAUACUACAACAUUAAAAGACAACAAUUUUAUUCAAAAAAGUUUAAUAAAAGCUGCCAGUACACCAGACUUUAAUAUUGAAACACAAUUUGUCAAUUCUCAACAUCAAGGCACCACUGAUAUUUUUAAAUUACGAAAUAUUAAAUCUACUAUAUUUUCAUCAUCAUUAGAUAUUAAAACAUCAUCAAUUGAAAACAUUGAUUAUUCUGUUAAUCUUAUAAAAUCACAACAUUUAUGUAAAUCUAUUUGUAAUCCAAUAAUUAAACAAAAAUCUUGUGAUAGUAUUUCAGCAAAAGUUAAUAAAAUGCCAGCAUUUUAUAAUAAUAAUGAAAAAUAUUAUAGUAAUGAGAUACCAAAACGUACUGUUGAAUUUGUUAAAAGUCAAUCUGAAUUUACUCAUUUAAAUCGUCAAAUUAUUUAUGAAAAAAUUAAUGAAAAAAUUGUUAAUUAUGUUAAAAAUGAAUAUCCAGAACAAAUAUAUAUUCAACCAAGUGCAAUAUUACAAUUAAAUGAUAAUAAUUUAAUUAAUACAUCAUAUUCUAAUAUCAAUUUAUCUUCAUCAAAUCAAAAUAUUUAUAAUUUAACAAGACCAUCUAAAAAAAUUAUUUAUGAAGAAAUUGUUACAACAAAGGAUAUCCCAAAUAUUUUUUCAACCUAUACAACAUCCUCUAAAACUGAUUAUAUUAUUGAGAAAGAUGAUCACUCAAUUACUAAUAAUAUUAAUCUAGACAAUACUUUAAUAGAUAAAGAAAAGAUAACAACUAUAAUUCCUGAAAAAUUAAAUGAAAAUGAAAGGAUAACGACUUCAUCCUGUCAACAUUGUAAUGUUAUUUUUAAUAGAGCAUUAACUAAAAAUUUAGAAAAUGAAUAUAUUGAUAAAAAUAUUGUUAAAAAAUAUUGUGAAAAAUGUUAUAGUGAUAUUAUAAGAAUGAAUAUAGAAAAUAUUAAUAUAAAUAUUGAAAUAUAUAAUAAUAGAAAAGCAAAUUUGAGUAAGAAUUGUAUUGUUUACAGUCCUCAAAUGAUAUCUUGUUCAAAGGUUGCCGUACCUGAGAAAAAAGUUACACUAAAAUCAUGUCAAUAUGCCUGGGAACAUAUAUUAAAUGAUUUAGAGACAGAGAUAACAUUUUAUGAUGGUGAUAUUGAAGAAUAUAAUAAAAAUUUUAUUGAAGAAAAGAAAGAAUCAAGUGAAUUUACUAAAGAGUAUACUGGUGAGACUAUUGAAGGAUAUACUGAAAAAUAUAUAACAAAUGUUGUAAAAACUCAACUUAUUGUUUUGGAAGAUGAAAAAGAAGAAGAUAUUGAGGAAAAUUUAAUUAUUAGUAAUUUAUCUAACAUAAGUCCAAAUGAAAUUAUAACUAAAUGGUUAGAUUUAUGUAGAGAAACAGAAGAAAUAAAAAGUAAUAUUAUUCGUAGUAAAUCAGAAGUUCCAUAUGAAGAAAAUAUUGAAUCAUUUAUUGAUUUUGAAAGAAUACCUAUAUCAAAUAAAAAAGGUACAAUUAAUAAAUCUCUUAGUCUUUCAUCUCAAUAUAUUGAUGGAUUAAAAACAAAACAAUCAAAUGAAACAGAAACAUCUAUUAGUAAGUUACUUCAAAAAAAUGAAGUAUUACCUUUAUCACAAACAAAAACUGAAAAUGUUGUUAAGUAUGCAACUUCUGAUUCGGGUGUUUUUUCAACAAAAGCUCAAGUUGAAAAUAAAAGUGAUAUUUUAUUUAAUUUAUCAAGACAAACAAAUGAUUAUAAAAAUCAAAUUUCUGAGAUAUCGUUAAAAUCAAAUGUAAUUGAAAAAAUGUCAAAGGGAAUGUCUGUUCCGAAAAGUGAAGAUAUUUUAUAUAUAAAGGAAUACAAUGAGAUUGAUCAAAAUCAAGAAACAUAUGUUAUUAUAAAAGAUCAAACAACAUUAAAAAAUAAAUUAGUAACAAAAAGUGAAAGUCUUAAAGAUAUAUUUAGUGAUGAAUUAAUAUUAAAAGAUGAAGAGUCAGAAAAGGAAUCAUCUGUUGUUAAUAUAAUUAAUAAAGGUGAAAAUUCAACUUUAAAUAUGACUGAUAGCAAGAGUUCUUUAUUUAAAGAUGAAAAAACAAUAAAUAAAGAUAUUGUUAUUAAAGAAGAUUUAGGUAUAUCAUUAUCAUUAGAUACAAAAAUUCAACCAAAAGUAAUUUUGGAGAAAAAUAUUAAUACAGUUGUUGAUUUACAUAGAAUAUCAUCAAUUCCUAAGAAAAAAGUUGAUGAACAUGUUCUACCAACUUCAACACAUUUAUCUCAAUCAUUUGAUACAAUUUCAUUUAAAACUUCUAAUACAUCAGAUGAAAUUAGUUUUAGAAGACCAAGUCAUGAAAAAAGUAUUGAUAAAAUUAUUGUAGAGAAAGAAAAAGAAUUAUAUUCAUAUAGAGGAAAAUCAACUUCAUUAGAAGAGAAAGAUGAAAUUGUUCAUUUUAGAAAAGAUGUUAUUGAUAAAUAUAAUCAGGAAAUAUUAUUACCAUCAUUAAACAAAGAUGUAUUAAUAAAAAAAAUUAGUGCUCCUUUAAAUAAUGAAAUUAUAUAUAUUUCAAACUAUUCAACAAUUGAUAGGGAUUUAACCACUGAUAUAGAAAUAGAAAAACCUUUAAAUUACUUUACACAAGUUAGUUUUAAUUCAUGCAAUGAAGAAUAUAUUCAAUUAGCUGAACAUUGGGAAAAAAAUAAACAAUCAGAAAAAGUUGAAUGUAUUAUAAAAUUAAAGAAUGAUGAAAAAAUUGAUAUGACAUCAUCUGGAAUUACAAAAUUACUAUCAAAAAAUGAGGAAUCAAAUGUUGGAAAGAUAAGUAUGAUAGAAAAAGUUGAAAAUAAUAUUUCAUUUAAUAUAAAAAUGAUAGAUGAAAAAAUUAAGGAACAUAUUUCAACGAUAAACGCUAUUGUUGAUAUUCACCAAAUUGAUGCUAUUAAAAAACGGAGAGAUAUUGAGCAUGAUGUUUUUAUUAAUGCUUCUUUAACACAGUUUUUGAACUUAAUUGCUGUAAGUAAUGUUGAAGAUAAUAUAUCAAUACAUUUUAAUGUUCCACCAUCAUUUGGUGGUAGUGUAAUAAAAAUUAAUACUAGUAAUAGGGAUAAAUAUGAAUAUAUUACAAAAGCUGCUAAAAUUGAAAAUUAUAAUAAAUCAAUUCAAUUAAAUAAAAAUCAAAAUCAAUUUGAUCAAUAUUCAACAAUUCUUGAAACAUCUAACAUAGAAAAAUGUGAUAAAAAACUUAUUAGUUCAAAAGUUGAAGAUGUUAUGUACCUUCCAACAUAUACAAUUAUUGACAGAGAUAUGAUUACAUUUACCAAUAUUCCUGCUACAAUAAUAGAUUCAUAUAAAUUUGAGGCAAAAUCUGUAUCUGAACAAUCAAUGAAUAUUUCAAAACAUUUACAGUAUGAUCAACCAUCAGAUAUUUCAGUAAAAAAUAUUAAAAUGCCUAAUAUUGAAUCUACCAAUUUAUCAUCAUACAUACAAGAAACAUCACUUCAUAGCUUAAAACCUGAAGAACUUAAAUAUAUCCAUGGUAUUUGUGAUGAUUUGGUUACUACUACAGAACAAAGUCAAGCAACUAUUAAAAUGAUACCACAGAAAUCUGAAGAAAAUAUUAAUACAUUUGUUGAUAUAAAGAUGAUAAAUAAAAAACCAAGUGGUGAAAUUAAUGAAAUGAUUCUACCAAAAUCAUUUAAUAUUACUGAAGAAUUAAAGACAUCGUUUGCUUCAAAUAAUAUAAGUGAUCAAAUAUUUAAUUUUUCUAUUCCAUCAUCAUUAGAAAAUGUCAAGUUUAUUGUAAAUGAAAAACUUAUAGUAAAAUAUUUAUAUAAAAGCAAAGAAAGUUUCAAUGAAGAAUAUAUUAGAGAUAUUGCUUUUGUUAAUGAAUCUGAUAAACAACUUAAUGGUAGUAUAACAUUACCAAUGCCAAACAAAGAUAAUUUGUUUAAAAAUAUCAAUGAGUAUAAAAUUGAGGAUAUUGUUUUUAUUACUGAUUAUAAAAUGGUUGAUGGUUAUUUGAUAGCUGAUAUUAAUUUAAUUGAAUCAAAAAUAUUUAACGAAUUAUUAGAAACAAUUUCAUCAAAAGAAGAAAAUAUUAAUGUUUAUGAAAAUAUAUACCAAUCAGAAUCUUAUGAUUCUUCGCAAAAUAUUUGUGGUAUAGCAGAACAAAGUUCUGUAUUCUUAGCAUCAUCAAAUAUAAUUACUUCUUUAAAACAUGAUAAAAAUUAUGAUGAUCAAACAGUUUCAUAUAUUCAUCCAAGUAAAGAAAUUAAACUUUAUCAAAAAGAUUAUAAUAUAAAAACUCUUCCAACAAAAAUUGAAGAAAAUAUUAAAACAUUUAUUGACAUGAAACUUGGUCAUAAACAGGCAAUGGAUAAUCAAUCAGUUUGUAUAAAUGAAAAAUUAUCUAUUUCUGAAGAAACAAAUAUUUCUAAAGACAAACAAAUAGUUUUUAGUUGUAUACAACCUAAAAAUGAUGUUAAAACAACAAUUUCUGAAAAAAUCACUGAAAGCUGUGCAUUUGUUGUUAAAGAAUAUUUACAAAAUUAUACCACUAAUAUUCUUCAAACACCAAGUGUUAUAAAUAUACAUGAUCUAUUUAAUAUUUCAUCUACCGCAGCAAAUAACGAGACGCUUAAAAAGCAUCUUACUGAAAUUGUUAAAGAGAAUAUUGUAUUUACAACGAAACAUUCUGUUGUUGAUAAUAAUAUUGUUACAAGUAUUAAUUUAAUUAAUCCAUUAAAAGUUGAACAAUUUGCUUUUAAAACAAUACCAUCUGAUAAGACAUACAAGUUUAAAGAAGUCGUCCAAGAAUCAUCAACUAAUAAUGUUGUUUUUAUAACUGAUUACAAAACAAUAGGUGGAAAAUUAGACACUAGUGUUAUUUUAGUUAACCCAAUUGUUGCUAACGAGUACAUGAGAACACAAUCAGUUAAAAAUGAAAUUACUGAUAUUUCAAAAGAUAUUUUCCAAAAAGAAAUGGACGAAAUGUCAAAUAAAAUUGUUGAAUUACAAAACAUUGAUUCAACUGUUCUUACAUCUGUAAACGAAUCAACAAAAUUGGCAAAAGACAGUUUUGAUAAAGAUUUUGUAACAAAAACAUUUGUUGAUAAAACUUAUAGUUCUGAUAAUUUGACAAAAAGAAUUGGAAAUGAAGAGACAUAUGCUUUUGUUGAUAUGAAACUUUUGUCAAAAGAUGCUGAUGAAAAGACUAGUAAAACAUCUCUUGAUACAGCAUUUUCAACUAAAGAAACUAUGUCUGUUUCUUGUGUCUCUGAUGUUUCUUCACAACAAUCAAUGUCUAUGAUAAAACCAUCUCCAAUAGCUAAAGCAUAUACAACUUACGAAGAAAAAUUAUCUGAAAAGGCAACCUCUAUAGUUAAUGAAUAUUUACAAAGUUUUGCUAAUCAAAAUAUUAAUUUAACUGGAUCAAUUGAUACAAGAGAUUUAUAUAAUAUAUCUCUUGCUUCUGCUAAUGAUGAAAGAAUAAAAAGUACGGUUACUGAAUAUAUUAAAGAGGAUAUUGUUUUGAUAACUGAUUAUAAAAUAAUUGACAAUAAAUUGACUGCAAAUGUUGAUUUAAUUGACAUAAAAACAGCAGAUUAUAUUAUUAAAACUUCUGAAGCAAUAGAAAAAAAUAUAAAUAUUUCUAAAUAUCUUUCAUUAGAAGAAAAGUAUGAUGAAUUUAAAAAAAUUGUAGAUUUACCUAAUGUUGAAUCUGCAAACUUAAAUUCUAUUGACACAUCCACUUUGUUAUUGAAAGAUAAUGUUAAUGAUGAAAGUAUAUCAGGUAUUCAAAAAGAUAAAGGUGUUACUGUAUUUGAAGCAAAUCAAACAGUAAAAAUGCCUCCACAACAAAGUGAAGUCAAUAUUGAGACAUUUUUAGAUAUGAAAUUACUAUCUAAAGAUAUGACUGAUGAAGAAAAUGAAAGUAAUUUACCUGAAAUUAAUACUAUGAGGGACAAUUUAACUUUACAAAGUUCUACUGAUUACCAUGAGAACAAAAACGUUGAACUUAUACGUAAUGAUUCUCAACAAACUUUUGAUAUAACGAUUAGUGAUAAAAAAACUGAAACUAAUAAAUUCUCAUCUAAAGAGUAUGGAGAUGAACAUUAUACAAAAGAUGUUAAUUUAAUUAAUUCAAUGGAAAAAGAUUUAACAAAUGAAAUAUUACUUAAAACAUCAAAUUUGAUAAAUGUUCAAGAUAAAGUAAGAGAAACAGCAACUGAAAAUAUUGUUUUCUUAACUGAUUACAAAACGAUUGAUGGUAAAAUGAAUGCAAAUGUUGUAAUGCUUGAUUCAAAAAUAACAACUAAAUUUUUUAAAACAAAACCAUGUAUAGAAGAAAAUAUUAAUAUUUCUAAACAUGUUGAACAAUAUCAACCUCCUAUACAAUCAGAAGGAACUGUUAGAUUACCUAGUGUUGAUAGAACAAAUUUAUCUGCUUAUGAUAUUACCACAUCAAUAUCAAGUGAUAAAUUUGAUGAUGAAUUUAUGCUAGUAGUUAAACCUGAUAGAGAUAUUUUAUCUACAUCAAUUAAUGGUAGUAUUAAAUUGGAACUUCAACCUUCUGAAGAGAAUAUUGAAGCAAUUGUUGAUAUAAAAUUACUAAAAAAUGACGAUUUAGAAUCAGAAAAUGAAAAAACUUUUAAUAGUUCAUUUACUAUAAAAGAAAGAUUAUCAACACCAUAUGCUUCAAAUAAUGUUUCUGAACAUACUAUAUCAUUAUCAACACUUCAACAAACUGAUAAAAUUGAUAAAACUAUUAGAGAUAAAAUAUCAGAAGGUAGUAGUUUAGUAGUUAAUGAAUACCUACAAAAUUACAUUGAUAAAAAUGUUAACUUAGAGGGAACAAUUGAUACUAAAGAUCUUUACAAUAUUUCAUUAAAAGUGGCAAAUGAUGAAAAAAUUACAAAAACAUUUAAAGAAUUAAUUAAUGAAAAUGUUGUCUUUAUGACUGAUUAUAGAAAAGUUGAUGGUAAAAUGAGAGCACAUGUUGAUGUAAUUGAUUCAAAAAUAGCACAAUGUCUUUUGGAAGCUGUUGAAGCAAUUGAAGAAAAUCUUACUUUAUCAAAACAUGUUGAACAGAAUAAACACUCUGAUAAAUCAGAAGAAAUUGUUAAACUUUCAAAUAUUGAAACUACAAACUUAGUUUAUUCAGAUAUACCAACAUCCAUUUGUAAAGAUAAUUUAACUGAAAAUUUUACAAAUUAUGUUCAACCAACAAAAGGUUUUUCAUCAACAUCUACUGAAGGUACUAUUAAAAUGCCUCUUGAACCAUUAGAAGAAAAUGUUGAUGCAGUUAUUGAUGUACAAUUAUUAAAAGAUGAUAUAGAAAAUGAAAGUAAUGAAAUAAAAUUGAAAAAAUCAUUUGAUAUUAAUUAUAAAUUAUCAACAGCAUCAUCUACCGAUGUUUCUCAGAGCAAAGGUUUUGCCUUGUCAGUUAGUGAAUCUUUAGAAAAUGUAAAAACAACAAUUGAUGAAAAAAUUAUUGAUAAAUAUAAAUUUUCUGGAAAAGAAUCAUUCCAAGAAUCUUAUAAUAGAGAUAUUGAUCUUAUUGGAACAGUUAGUAAUGAAGAUGAAAAAGAUAUUUCUCUUAAAACAUCUAAUAAAGAUACAUUUUCAAGAACGGUUAAAGAAUCAUCAUGUAAUGACGUUGUUUUCAUAACAAACUACAAAAAAGUUCCUCGUUCUAUGAGUGUUGAUAUUAAUAUAUCUAAAUCAUCAACAGAUAGCCAUAGUCUUAGAGCUAAAUCUGUUAUUGAAGAAAAUAUUAAUAUUUCUAAACAUAUUAGUCGUGAUGAAUUAUCCGAUCAAUCAAAAAGUAUAAUAAGCUUACCAAAUGUAGAAUCAAUGAAUAUGUCAAUGACAAAUAUAGAUGAAAUAAUAAGAACUAGUGAAAAGAAUAAUGAAGAAUCAAUUUUAGGUAUUCAUAAAUGCAAAGGUGAGGAACGAACUAUGGAAGAAUGUAGAAUAAAAGAAAUUCAAAAACCAUCAGAAAAUAGCAUGACAGCUUAUAUUGAAUUAAAAUGUUUACCAACUGAAGUUGAUGAAGCAGAGAGUGAAAAAGUUUUACCAAAACCAUUUACUAUUGAAGAGAGAUUAUUUACACAAGAUUUAAAAGAAAUAAAUGAUAAUAACUAUUUUCAAUUGUCAACUAAACCAUCAUCAAAAGAUGUUAGUAGUACAAUAAAAAUUCCAUAUACAAUAAAAGAAUCACAUAAACUUAUGGAAUCUUUUGAUGAAAAUUGGUAUAGAAUUGUUGAUUUUUCACAUGAUAAAGAAGAAUCUGAUAGUGAUAAAAUAACAAUACCAACAUUUAAUAUUGAAAAUAUAGUUCAAAAUAUGAGAGAAAUAUUAGAUGAAAAUAUAUUUUAUAUUACAAAUAUAUCAACAUUUGACAAUCAAAAAUCUACAGUUACAGUUAUUAAAAAACCUAAUGAUGUUUAUGACAUUAUUAAAAUAUUAAGUUCAACAUUAGAAGAAACAACAUUUGAUGAAAUAUUAUUUAAAAAGGAUGAGGAAGAAAAGGUUGAUUGCAUGAUAAGUAUAAAAAUAAGAGAAGAUUGUCAAAUGUCUGCGUCAUCACUUUCUGCUAACAUUCAUAAGGAAGAUGGAAUAUUUAGUGAAAUAGUAAAAAUAACUGAAAUUGUUGAUGCUACUGCUGCACUUAAUAUUUCCUCUGAUUACAUUAAAAGAGCAACACAAGAAUAUUUGAAUGCAUAUAUUGAUAUGUCAAAAGUUCCAUCACCACCAAAACAACAAAAUAUUGAACAUUCCAUUUCAGUGUCAUUUGAAUCUAAACAUCUUUUUACUGCUUCUGCUGUAUCUAAUGUUGUGACAAGAAAUUGUGUUCGUUUCUCUUUACCAGCACAAAUAUUUGAAAUUAAUUCACGUUAUGAUGAUAUGUAUAAUGAGUAUGGUGAAUUAAAAACAAAGCCAGUACGAAAAGAGACAACUGAAAGUCUUAUUGAAUUAUUAAAGGUUAUUGAUAAUAAAUUUGACGAGAAAAGUGUUAUUAAAUAUAAUGAUAGUGAAAAUCUUCAAAAAGAUGUUCAGGAAACAUCAAUAGAAGAUUGUAUAUAUAUUUCUGAUUAUACAACUUUCGAAAAUGAUAGUAGUGCUACUACAACGAUUAAUUACCCAUUAAAUGUUUAUAAAAUUUCAUCGAUUUCUUCUCCAAAAGAAGAAAAUAUUGAUAUUAUUCAAAAUUGGAUGAAAAACGACGUCAAAGAUACUUUUAAAUGUAUUAUAAAUGUUAUUCCAUCUGAUCAUUCUGAAAUGGAACAAUCAACUAUUGAACAAAAUUUUGAAAAAAAUAAUGAAAAUGAAGAAUAUAGUGUUGCUGAACAAAAACAAAAUAUUGAAGAAGUAUUUAAUUAUGUUGAUGUUAAAGUUGGUAUGAAACAACUUUCAAUAGUUAAAAGUAUUGAUCAAUCUGAUCAUACAAUUAAUGUUACAGCAAACUUUAAACAAUCUGUUGAAAAAGCAUCAACUUGUAAUUCAAGUGAUAAAAUAUAUAUGAGUAUAAUUAUACCUAAAAAAGUUGAUAAACUUGAGACAACAUUUAUUAGUUUACCAAGUACCUUCCAAAAUUAUAAUACUAACUAUUCACAAUGUGAAAAAAUAAAAAGUAGUUAUGAAAACAAACAAAUUAAUGAAAUAUCUACUGGAAUAUCAUUUAUUUCACCAAAUAUAUUUAUCUUACCAAAUGAUAAUAAAAAGAAUAUUAUUAAAGAUUAUACUUAUAUAACAGAACAAAAAAUUGUUGAUAAUAAUCUUGGUACAAAAAUAAUUAUUGAUAAACCAAUUAGUUUGAAAAAAACUUUUGAAAGUAGUAAAGAAGCAAUAACAACAUUAAAUGAAGAUAUUAAGAAAAAAGAAAUUAUAGAUGAAAUUACGGCAAAAUGUGAAAUUCCAUUUAUUAUUUCAACAAAUUUAUCAACUUCUAAUAUUAAUAAUGAGAUUAUAAAUAAGAAACAAGAAACAUUAUUUGAUACUGUUGAAUUUAUUAAUAAAAAUGAUGUAAAUGUUGUUGAGAAUGAAGUUGUAAUAAAUGUUAAAGAACCAAUUCAACCAAAAUUAGAUGUUAUUAAUACAAUACUUGAUUUAAAACAAAUAUCUGUUGUUAAGGUUAUAAAUGAAGCAGAACAUUCAUUUAAUGUUUCAGCAACACUUGAAAAAACUUGUAAUAAUUUCAAAGUUAGUGAUAUUGAAGAAACAUGUAAUGUUGAAUUUACAACUAAAGAAUCUUCUGAUAUUAUUGAUAAAACAAUUAAUGAUAAAAGAAAAGAUGAAGCUAAAUUUAAAUUUAUUGAAACAAAUUAUGAAGUUAUGGAGAGUAAUUUUGAUUUAGAAAAAUCUGAUAGUAUAAAAGAAAUGAAUAAUUAUAUCAAAGUUAAAGCAUCUAAUGAUAAUAUAAUAAAAAAAUCAAUUAAAGAAACAAAUGAUGAAGAUGUUUUAUGUAUUACACAAUAUUUUAUUGUUGAUCGUAAUCUUUAUGCUUCAACAUCAUUAGAUGAUAAUUUGCAUAUGGUCAAAUGUUUAUCAACAUUAUCUUCAACUGAAUCAUCAACAACUAUUGAUAUUGAAUGGUUUAAAAAGGAUAGUGCAGAAAGUGCUUGUAAAAUCAUUUUGACACCUAAUUAUAUUUUCUUAUCAGACACAUAUGCAUCACAAUAUAUCACAGAAUGUAAAACUUUUGAACAAAGUAUUCCUAAUGAGUCUAUAGAUUACUUGUAUAUAUCUGCUAAUCAAGAAUCUAUGAGCAUGAGUCUUGUUGAAAGUCAAACAACUAAAAUCAAUGUUUUAAUGAGCCUCUACUGCAUGGACAGUGCCAACGAGGGAAGAGCAUCUGAAGUUGAAAUACCAUUAAUUGUCUCAACUUCGACAAGCUUUUUGGUUGAAGCUAAUGAGGUUGUUACAGAUAGAGUUACAAUAUUCAAUGAAUUUGCUAGAAGAAGUGAAUAUGGUUUUGGUAAUAUUGAAAUGAUUAUUGGUAAUCGAGGCCAUGAUACUAAAGUAACAUUUGAAGCAGCUGAAAUUGAAAAAAUUUCAACAAAAGUUGAUUUAUUUAAUAGAGAUUUAGAAGUUGAAAGAGUUUAUAUUACUGUUUUUGAGCCUAACUAUUUUGGUAGAAUUAUUUAUAAUUGUGAAGAAAGUGAUGAAGUUUAUUCACAAUUUACAGCUACAUUAUGUGCAAAAAGAAUUGAUAUAUUAUCAGGAAAAAUAAUUAAUACUAUAAGUCGAAAUCAUGAACCAUUAAUAUUAAAAACAUUAUCAUCAAUGGAAUGUACACAUAAUAUUGAAGAAAAUUGGAUAAUUCCACCACCCAUUGAAAAAUGUGAUACUUUAAGAGUAAUUGGAAAUGAAAUUGAACCAUUAUCAUUAAAAUUAAUUGAAUCACAAGUUAAUGUUAUUCAUGUUGGAUUCGAUUUUGUUAUUCCACCUAAUCAAAAUGAUACAUUAAUUACAUUGAAACAUUAUAAUUUUGCUGGUACUUAUCAAUUACAUACAAAAUCAUCAUCUGAAGAAUAUAAAAUGACAACAUACAAUUUUUAUAAAAAUGAUUCUUCUGAAAAAACUAAUAAAAAAAUGAUUGUUGGUUAUGAAGAAUUGGUAGAAUUUACUUCUAAAUCAUCAAAAGCUAUUUCUGCAAAUGUAUAUGAUAGUUUUGUUCAACUUCCAGCUGAAUUUAAAACAACAACAGUUUCACGCUCUUCUAAUGAUCUUCCAACAUUAUCGUUUAAAUUUAAAGAAUCAAAAUUAGAAGAUCAUAAUGCAAAUUAUUCUUAUACAAGAAAUGAUGAAAUAUUAAAUACUGAAUUUGUUAAAUAUAUAUCUUUAUAUGGUGGUUCAAUAGAUGCUUCUUAUGAUUAUGCAUCAGAGAUACAACUUAACUUUGUUCGAGAGUUACAUCGUCCUAUUGAAUUAGAAAGAUGUAAGAAAACAUUUAUUACAUUUAAUGAUACUCAACCAGUAAUAUUAAAAACUUCUCCAUCUUCAUAUGAAUCAUUAACUGUUUCUGAAGGAUAUUUAAGAGAAGAAGAUAAUGCUAUAACAAAAAUACAAUUAACUGACAUUAAUCGUGGUCAUUCUUCAACAUUUACAUUAAAAGAAAGUCAUGAAGAAACACAAACAACCUAUCAACAAUUUGACGUUAUUGGUGAAAAUGAAAUUAUAAAUUAUAUUUAUAAUGAAAUCAACAAAAUAACAGGUUACCGUUUACGUUGUGAUGCAACAGAAGAAAUAAUUAAAAUUUUAUCUUUUACCUUUUCACGCCCUAUUAAUGUCUGUGAAUCAUCAAAAUUCUCAACAAUCAUACCCAAUAAACAUCUUCCUGUUUCUUUAAAUACACCAUCUCCUACUAAUAAAAUUGCCUCUAUUACAAACAAUUUUUACCUACCACCUCCAAAUGAGUAUGUCUCAUUGUGUUCAGUAGAAUCUUUAACCACAACAGGAAUACUUAAUUUAAUGGAAAGUAUUGAAGAAAAUAUUAUCCAUAAUUACUUUUUCAAUAAAUCUGAAGAUAAUCAAAUUUCAGAAUUAACAUUACCAAAUAAACAUAUUCAAGAAAUUACUUAUAAUAUGAAUGCCACUGAAAAUAAUCAAAUUGAAAAAGCAAUUAGUUUAUCAUAUCCUGUUGAUAAUAUUGGUAAAGAUAAAAUUAAUAUAAAAAUUUCAAGAGACGAUAAUAUUUUAUAUAAAACAAAAGAAUCACAAGAAGAAACAGUUGUUUCUGGUGAAUAUUAUAAAAGAGAUGAAGAUAAUGAAAAUAUUAAAAUAUGUAAAAUUAUAUCAAGAGAUAGUGAACCAACUUUAUUCCGUAUUGGUGAAAGUAAAGAAGAAGCCCAAACAUAUCAUUUUGAUUAUUGUAAAGAAAAUGAUAGUAAUGAUUUAUCUAUUAAUAUUAAAACAACUCGUGAAUCAACACCAUUUUCAUUAUCAUGUAAAGCAUUUAGUAUGGAGGAUAAUCAUAAGGAUGUUCAUUUAGCAUCAAAUGAUGAAAUUGAUUUGUUUGCAAAUUAUAUAUUACAUGUCCCAAACAUUAUUGAACCAUUAACAAUAAAAUUAAAUGAAUGUUUAAUAGAAGAAAAUAAUGUCGUAUAUAGUUUAUCAAAAGAAGAAAUGAUUGAAAAUAUUAAAAAUAUUAUUAAAGAUAAAUAUAUUGAAAAAGAACAAUUUAAUAUUUAUGAAUCAGAAAUGAUUGAAGAAUGUGUUUAUAGUCAUUUGAAACGUUCUGAUGAACAUAAAAAUAUUGAAACAACAUUAUCAGAACCAUAUCAUGGUGGUGAAUUUAUACUUUCUACAUAUGGUUCAUCACUAGAAAAUAUCAAUAUUUUAUCUGAUAUUCAUUGUAAUAAUAUUUUAUCUGCUUGUUGUGAUAUUAUUCUCACUACACCAAAUACUAUUGAUUCUGAAUGUUUCACAUUAUUUGCAUCAUCAAUUAUUGAAAUAUUACAAGAGUUAAAUUAUACAAAUGAUAAACCUAAAAAAUUAGAGACUCAAAUUGUGCAUGCCACACCUAUAGAUGGGGGAAGCGUUGUUAUUACAUUAAAAGAAUCACAAUCAUCCACAGAUUCUACUAACUUUGUAUUUACUAAAGCUAUUGAAUCUCAAGAUUAUUCAAUUAUAGUUCCAAUAUCCUUAGAUGGUGGAAAUUAUGUAUUAUCCACUAAAGGAUCAUCAGAGGAGUAUAUUACUAUUGGUCAAGAUAUUAUUAAUAUUAAUAGUAAUAUUGCUGAUAUAUUUAUAACAUUAGUAACACCUAAUACAAUUUUACCAGGAUUUUUGUCAACUAGUAAAGUUGGUUCUGAAACUGUUACAAUAACUACAAACUUACAAAAUCCAUUACCAUUACUUUAUGCAUCAAAUAAAAUAAUAUCACCAAGAGAAGGUCCUCCUCAAAUGUUAACCUUGAGUGAAAGUAAAGAAAUAUCUGAAUGUAAUAAUAUAACAUUAUUUAAAGAACCAUCAAAUAGUUUAUAUUCUAUUACACUUACUGAAGCUUUAUAUGGAGGUUGUCAUACAUUUAAUGUAUCAAGUACUGUAGAUAAUGUAUACAAUUUAACAUGUGAUUUAAGAAGUAAUAAUAUUAUUAAAGAUGAAACAAAUAUUAUUUUAUCAAUACCAAGAGAAACAGAAAAAAUUUAUUUAUCAUCAUAUAAAUCUGAAAGUAAUGAAGUUUUCCUUGAUAUAUCUAUUAAAAAUGAUAAACCAUUAUAUGAUGAAAAUAAUAUUAUUAUGACAACAUUUAAUACUAUUGAACCAAUAACAUUCCAUAGUUCAGAAAGUGGUGAACAUAUCAUUACCGUUAACUAUAAUUUAUCAUCAAAUAAAGAAAAAGAAAAUGAAACAGAUAUUAUAUGGGAUACUCCAAGAUAUGGUGGUGAUACAAUAUUACAUACUUAUUCAUCAACUGAAGUUAAAGCUAAUGAAGUUAAUGUUAUUUUACAUAAAGAACAACAAAAUGAAACAUCAAAAGUUUUUAUUAUAAAAAUAAGUAAUAACAUAGAAAUAGCAUAUAAAACAUCAUCCUCAUCAGAAGCAUAUGUAUCUAUUGAUUCUAAAUUAGUUUCUACAAAAUCACUAGAUAAUCUUCAGUUAUCAAGUAUAAUAAUACCAGAGAUUAAUAAUUUUGGUCAUUUUACCUAUUGCACUAGACAAUUCUCUGAGACUCACUUUAACCUUACUAUUGAUUUAAAACAUCAACCUGAUGAAGGCAAAUUUACCUCCACAAUGCAUGAAUCUGAAACUGAAAAAAUGCUUGUUUUACAAACAUUUGCUUCCCAAGAAUGCGAUGCAAACUUGGAAGAAAAAUUAAUUGAAAGCAUUAGUUAUGCUAAUUUCAUGCAUGUUGAAGGAGUGUGCCAAUAUAAUAUGAUUAGAGAGGCUUCACCUGUCCAUUGGACAACUAUAAUACAAGAAAUUGAUCAAUCACAAUUUACAGAGUACGUUAGCAGCGAAAAUAUUAGAAGUAUAUUAGUUGAAAGAGAAGAUAAUAAUAAAGAUUUACAAAUAACAACAUCUGAAAAAAGAGUUAGUUUUGCAGAGGAUGUUCAGGAGAAGACAUUAUUCUUUGAUGCUUCUAUGAGUGUUGAAUCAAUGAAUAAACCAAGUAUAAUUAAAAAACCAAUGAAAAAAGAACGUGAAAGAAGUCGUCGUUCAGAAUUAAAGAAAAAUGAAGCACCUAAAUUUGCUAAUCUUCGUAGAAAUAGUUUAUUAGCAGCUCUUGAUAUUGGAAGUCCUUCCAACAUUCCACAUUUUAAAACAUUAUCUGAUAUUGUUUAUGCCAUUAAAGAUGCCGGUCUUGAAUACUCAAAUCUUAUUUUUGGUAUUGAUUAUACAAAAUCAAACAAUUAUCAAGGUGAAAAAACAUUUGAUUGUCGUCCAUUACAUAGUCUUUUGCCAAUCGAGCAAAAUCCUUAUCAACAAGUUAUUGAAAUAGUAGGUAAAACAUUAUCAUCAUUUGAUGCAGAUGGACAAAUUCCUGUAUAUGGUUUUGGUACAGAAGAAUGUACUGAUCAAACAAUAUUUAAUCUAGCUGAUCCAGAUGAUAUGGAUGCAUGUUGUAAUGGUUUUGAAGAAGUUCUUAAAACAUACAAUGAAAUAACACCAAAAGUUAAUAUGUCUGGUCCAACCAAUUUUGUUCCAUUAAUUGAGAAAGCUAUAGAUAUAUGUCGCGAAAAACAUUCAUAUCACAUUUUAGUUAUUGUUGCUGAUGGUCAAGUAACUAAUGAAAAAAUUAAUCAAAAAGCUAUUGCUGCUGCUUCUCAUUAUCCAUUAUCUAUUAUAAUGGUUGGCGUUGGUGAUGGUCCAUGGGGAAUGAUGUCUAGAUUUGAUGAAACUUUACCUAAAAGAAUCUUUGACAAUUUUCAUUUUGUUGAUUUUCAUAAAGUUAUCUUUAAUGCUCCAAAUGCUGAAGCAUCAUUUGCUGUUAAUGCAUUAAUGGAAAUUCCAGAUCAAUAUAAAGCAAUUAAAGAACUUGGUUUAUUGAAACACAGCCGUCGAGGAUAA